AUGGAGGAAUUCUCCUACCAUCCAAGUGGAUGCUCAUCCCACGCUGAUCACCAGAACCAAACCAAUACUCACAAAAUCAUCAAACAAGAUGUUUCUAGGGCGAGUCAUUCGAGGACAUUUGAUAUUACACUCCAUGGAAUUCUAUUAUGGGUAUCAAUUGGUUUCUUAAUGCCUCUUGGGAUAUUUGCAAUUAGAAUGUCCAACAAAGAUGAAUGUGGCCGGACAAGGCUCAAAGUUCUCUUCUACAUUCACUCUAAUUCUCAG